AUGGUUGCAGAGCCUUGGAUCCACAGAAUGCGAAUCCAGGUGGGUUCCAAUCUGAAGCAUUCCACGACUGCCGCCGCCGCCUCCGCCGCCGGCGAGCUCAAGGCGCCGCCGGAGAACACGAUCGGAAUCCUGUCCUUCGAGGUUGCCAGCUCCAUGUCCAAGGCUGUCCACCUCUAUAAGUCGCUGUCCCCCUCUGAAGUCUCCCGCCUCCGCAGCGAGGUCUUCAGGUCCCAGGCCGUCCGCCACCUGGUCUCCGGCGACGAGUCCCAUCUCCUGAAGCUCGUCGCCGCAGAGAAGCUCGAGGAACUGAACAGGGUGGCCGCCGUCGUCUCCCGCCUGGGGAAGCGGUGCACCGAGCUGGCCCUCGUGGGUUUCGAGCACGUCUAUGCCGACCUACUCGCCAGCCGUGCGGCGGCGGCGAAGCUCGACCUCUCGGCCAAGGACAUGGAGGCGGCGGUGAAGAGGAUGGAGCGCUACGUUGCCUCCACGGCGACCCUCUACGCCGAGCUGGAGGUGCUGGGGGACCUAGAGCACGGCGCGAAGAAGCUCCAAUUAGGGCAGAAGCAGCAGCUGCAGCUGCAGCAGGAGGAGGCCCUCCGCGCCUACAACCAGAAGAUCCAGUGCCGGCGGCACGAGCUCAAGCACCUCCGGGAGGUCUCCCUGUGGAACCAGACCCAUGACAAGAUCGUCGGUCUCAUGUCGAGGGCGGUCUGCACCAUCUACGCCCGGAUUCGCCUGGUCUUCGGGCAGCCCCUCGAUCCUCCGGCGAGACCGCCGCCGCCGGCGGCUGCGUCGGCGCUCAACCCCUGCGGGUCUACCCCCGUGCGGCUCUUCGGAGAGUGCCUCAGCUUCACCAGUUCAGCCCCGUCGGACGAGGAGGAGGAAGAGGAGGGGGAGCUCCUCCGGUCGUUGAUCCCCGCCACCGCCGCCGCCGCCGCGGGGCCGUCGACGGUGGGGGGCUCGGCGCUGGCUCUGCACUAUGCGAACGUCAUCAUCAUCAUCGAGAAGCUGCUGCGGUACCCUCAUCUGGUCGGGGAGGAGGCAAGGGACGACCUGUACCAGAUGCUUCCGACCAGCCUGAGGUUGACCCUGCGGGUAAACCUCCGGGCGUAUGGAAAGGAUCUGGCCAUCUAUGACGGCGCCGUCGCCCAUGACUGGAAGGGGAAGCUGGAGAAGAUCCUGGCGUGGCUCUCCCCCAUGGCCCACAACAUGAUCAGGUGGCAGACCGAGCGCAACAACUUCGAGCAGCAGCAGCACCACCAGAUCGUCUCCAAGGUCAACAUCCUCCUCCUGCAGACCCUCCACUUCGCGGACAGGGUGAAGACGGAGGCUGCCAUCUGCGAGCUCCUCGUCGGGCUGAACUACAUCUGCCGGUAUGAGCACCAGCAGAACGCGCUGCUCGACUGCGCCAGCAGCGUUGACUUCGACCACUGCGUGGAUUGGCAGCUUUGA